CUUUCUUCGAUGAUCUCGUGUUGAACAAUUAUUUUGGAUUAUAGUUUACGAUGAUUCUACGAAACUUUUUAUGGCUAGUGGCGGCACAAGUAGGAUGUUUCCUACUGGUAAUUGACGCCCAAAAUGCAAGAUCAUACGACACCAACGACUGGAUACCAAUUACACCUUCAUCAAAUGAAAAAUCGGUGCUGGCAGAGCAGAAAAAAGCAACUGGCAGAGUCCUCAACCUAGAUGCUCCUCCACAGCAAAAAUUUUUCCCCGACGAAGAUUACAGAAAAAAUCGCCAACCUGUUGAACAAUUUCUUAGAGAAACCUCUCACUUCCCGAAACACAGGUUGAGCAACAGACACAAACCAAGAUACGAAAGACCUUAUAAGUUCGAGUCCAACUACCAGCCAAAGCCACAACCUCAAGCUCCACUUCAAUAUUUCACAAAUCAAGAAGUUAAGCCAGCAACUGUGGAACAACCACCGCCGUUAGGUCAACCUCAAUUUAUUCAGCAACCCCCUCCUUACCAAGCACCCCAAUUUAUAUAUCAGCCACAACCACAACCACAGAUUAGCAACCUUCCCCAACUGCCUCAACAGCAACAGUUUGCUCAAGCGUUUCCACAAGCUCUUCCCGUAGAUCAAAAUUACCAGCAGUACGUUGUUCCCAUAAAUAACACUCUUUACCACACCAUAAAUCCCAGUUCAAUUAAUCAAGAAUUACUUGGCGCAAUUCAAAACACUAAAACCAUAGAACCAGUUCCAAAAGUAGAACCAACUACGAAACCCACCGUUGGUGAGGUCGAGAAAGAGACCGUCCAACUUUUGUACGUACCCUUGGAAAAUCUCAAAGCCAACCAACCUAUUUCGCAAGAUUCUCAAAACAUAUAUAGCACCGCCGAAGUUCCCAGACACGAAAAGCAAAUUGCAAGUUUCACUACUUAUAAUCCGUCUCAAAGAUUGGCAGCUAUAGAAAAAGAUUUCAUUCAACAAGCCCUCGAAGCCCAAAAAUUGCAGGAAGAAAUACGCACUGGAAGACCGUAUCUCUAUCAAACUACUACUACUAAGCCCAAAAAGAGGAAACCUCACCAACCUCCUUUAGCUGUGUACAUGAAUGGACAACAUGAAGCUGAAGUGUCAGAAGUUUUGGACAUACUUAAAGAUGCUAAGUCAAUAGCUGUGCAAGAUAACUUUAGACCAGAUUCUCCUAAAGUAUUUAUUGGCCCAUCUUCUCUAAAUCCUCCAGAUGGUUAUAGCAAGUUUCCCUUGCCCUAUCUGAAUAACAUUGAAGGUAACAGAAUUGAAAGAAAAAUAGAACAACUCCCAUUCUUCGUAGCACCUUUAAGCUACAAAACUCCAGAUGGAUAUUCUAAGAUUCCUUUACCCUCGCCUCACGUUGGGUCUGUAGUAGUUUCUACAAAAGAUGAUCCUCAUGAUAAACACCCACCUAACUACCAACAAACAUACGGUAACAUUAAUCAGCUACAAAAUAUAGAAAAAACGAAAACUGGUCAAUUCUUGACCCAGAAUGCAAAUGUUCAAGAUUAUAAUUUCCAAGCACUAGCUCAGAGACAACCACUAACUAGGCCCAAUGAAAAUAUUCAGUUUAUAAAUCCAACUACUCCAGAAGAAGUAAAACAAAAUUAUCAAAUACCUGCAAGACCUGACUUACCGAAACUUCCUCCUACUCUGCAAGAACCUGUAAGACAGCUAAAACCUUUAGCUCAGGAGAUUGUUAAAGACCAAGUCAUCGUACAGCCAAAUUCGGGACAAACUAUUUACAGGGAUCAAAAUAUUAAUUUGGGACCAAACACUCCAACACCACAAUAUGAUGCCCCAGUAAGACCAACAACUCCCCAAAUUGCCAUUGACGAGUAUGGUCAAUACCAUAUUAAGAGUACACUAGCGCCAGAAAGCCUUGAUACUAAAUAUACAAUUCCAACAAGAGAUCCAUUCAUUCAAGUAGUUAAAAGUACCACUCCAUUACCACUACAGUCGUUCAAUUUAAGCGAUAAAAUCAAAUCAUCUAUUGAAAUCACACCAUCGGUAGAAAUUACACCAAAAUCUGUCACGCAAGGAAGUUUAAGAGAUCAAUUAAACAAAGAGGCCGUUCCCAGUUAUGAAGCUUUAUCAAAUCGACCACCACCAAGUCAAAGUUAUAAUAUAAAUCCCUUAGAACUCGCAAUUAAUCAAUAUGAACUACAACAAAUUAAUAGUCAACUACUUGAUAAGAAUCCUAAGGUUGAACAACCUAGUCAACAAACAUCAUUGUACUAUGAUGACUCAGUUUCAGGAAAAACUAGAUUUGUGUCUAGCACUCCCAGAUAUGAGGAAAAUUAUCAGAUAGUAACCACACCACGUACAGAGAAACCUAAAAGAAGGGGCAAGCCCACACACACAAGACAACCACUUAGAACUACUCCAACUUAUGACAACACCAAGUUUACUGUUCAAGAAGACUAUAACAUUAGGCAAAGAUCCACUACACCUAAAACAGUAGAUAUUGACAUAACCCCAGAAACGAUCUACAAGGAGAGGCAAACCACAACUGAGGCAACUGAAAUAGAAAACAUUCCGUCUAAAGUGUACAAGCUCAACCCUCAGGUUCAACCUGUGUAUACCGAAAAUAGGCCACCUAUUAACCAACAUAUUCUAAAUCGCGAAGUUCUUGACCAGCAUGUGUUAAAAUCAUAUCUAUCUUCAGAAGCGAAACCGAAAUCUGAGCCAGUAACGGUAAAAUACCAAGAAAUUGCUACUGAAGUCCCGAGUGUGGAACCUUUAAACGUUCAACAAAACAAAAAUGAACCACAUAGUCAAAUUUUGUCAGGAUAUAUUUCUAAUCUUCAAGACCAGUCAGUAAGAGCAUUAUUAGUGCCAAAUUUAUUGGUACCAACAACAGAACAACAAAAAGAUUUAACAUCAACUUUAAAAUAUGAACUGCCCUCUAGUACAACAACAGAAAGGGAGAUAGAAUAUACUAGUAAAACAACAGAAGACCCACAUAUAGAAACAACAACUCCAUUUAGAAGAACUAGAGGACGUGUUAGAGCAAACACAUCUGGAAGGUACACAACAUCAGCACCUCCAAGACGAACCGUGAAUAGAAGAAGGCCAACUUACUCCAGAACAACUACGGAAAGAACGUCAACAACAACAAGCGAAUAUAGUACUAGGAGAUCCGUUGGUACCAAUAAAUCUAGAUUCCGUACAAGAGGCAGACCUUCUCAAAACUCCCUUUCAGACAGAGCAUAUUCUUCAACUACAGAAAACGAAAUUAAGGCAUUUAAGCAACCUGAACUUCAAAGCGGAUUCCAGGCUUCCCCAUUACAAGGAGAACCUCAAUCAUAUAUGCAAUUCGAGCAUACUAUCGAUGAACAAAAAAUAAUAACAGUCAAACCAGAUGAUGUUAGUGAAGAGACUCCAAGCGCGAUAAAAGAGUAUCAUCAAGUUUAUAAACUUCCAUCCUCCGCUGAAAAUUCACAAAAACCUGUGGUAGAUAUUAAAAUUACACAUCCGUUAGACACUAAGGAGUCAGAUAUAAUUAUAACACCAAAUAAGAAUGACGAAUAUGUUCAUUUUACAAGCAAUGUUCAAUCAGGUGAGACUGGCAACAGGCAUCGUUAUUCUGAGGAAGUAACCACGCAACGUAGCAAUAUAAGAGUCAGAGGUAGAACUAGAGCCAAAUCUAGAUUCCCUUCGACUACUGCAAGGACAACAUCUACCACUACAACUCAAAAAUCGGAGGAACCUCAAGAGUUUUAUGGUUUUUUCAGAGCUCCAGACUUUAGUAAACCGAAAUUGCCAGAACAAGAAGUAAUUCAGACUACUGAAGUACCUGUUCAAUAUUAUUCUUCCUCGUAUGUAAGUUCACCUAAGCCCAAAAUUGUUUACAAUGAACCAAAAAUAACUUAUGAAGAGCAAACAGGAUUAUAUAAUCAGCCCAAAACAGUUUAUAAUGAGGAAUUUGUAGCUAAUGGUUACUCAACAGAAAGAAGCGAACUAUCAAGUCCUUCCGUUCAUUUUAUUGGUGAGAUUAGACCAAAAUACUACUCCACCGCUCAAUACGAAGAAAGUAAGAUUUCGAUUGCAACAGCGGAACAAGAUCCGACAACUACAGAAACUCAAACAUCAACGAAGCGUGUCCUAACUACCGGUUCUGAAGAAAAUUUGAAUAGAUACAAUGAGGUAAACCAUAGAAAUGAUCAAACUACAAGAAGAACUAGAAUUAGGAGCAGAGGUAAAGUGCAUUAUCGAGCUCCUGAAAAGUUAAAACCUACUACCGACGAAGCUGACGUAGAAGGUGGAAACUACCCAGCAUCAUUCUUUAGAAAUAAAGAAACAUCAACUGCACCCAGUUUUCAAAUCACUGUAGAUCCCUUACAAGAAGAAGAGACUGAAGACGAUCAAUCACCACAUUCGUCAAUUUAUAGUCCCAAGUUUGUGCCUAAACCAUCCGAGGAAUGGGUAGAAGCAUCAGCCGUUCCUUUCUACAACGAAUUGCCCAGCAAUGAUAAACCUGAACCCGUUUCAGAAAAUACAGAAGCACCAUUUGCCUUGCCAAUAGUUGCAAGUACAGAAGCCGCCACUGAUGAACCAAUUACAAAUGUAUUCAAUGAAACAACUAAAGAAAUGUCGGAUAUUUUAACGCAAAUUAACGAUAUGGUAAAAACAGAAGAGGAGCCAACAACCACUCAAGGGCCAACAGAAGUUAAACCGACAAAGAAAAAAGGUCGUAGGCGUGGAGUUUGGAAAUUAGUUAGACAUCGUCCGGUAGAUCAAUUUGAAAUAGCCGAAUCCCAAAAUUACGAGUCUGUAUUGAACAAUUUUGAUGUUAUCAAAAAAGUUAACUACAGAAAUCAGUACUAUGAGCCUGAAACUAGACAAGUGUUUACUAAAGCAACUGAAGAGCCUGUAGAUAUUGUACCUACAACUGAUACUCCACCUGAAAAUGAAGUAGAAGAAGAAAUUACUACUUUUGCACCACCAACCACUACAUCUGAAAACAGCAUUUUUGACACCUUAUAUGAUAUGUUUGGUAUGCAAACUGGAGAAGAGGAAACUACGACAACAACAACAACUACAACCACUGAAACGCCUACUGAGCCUGCAGAAAUUAUAACAACACCUACCACCAUAUCACCAACCUUUCCCCAAGAAAUUACAGAGGAAACUUUUACAACUACAACAGAAAAAUAUAAUUCCACCAGUGAAAUAGAUAAAGACAUUCCUAAUACAACUUCAUUACCUGAUUAUGAGGAACCGGCUGAAACUACAAGACCCGAAGUAACAAAGAAUCCAUAUGAAGUUGAACCAUGGGAAAUGAAGCAAGUUAAAACUUCCACCUCCACUGAGGUGUCGCAUGAGACAGAAAUUUGCUACAAAGGUAGAUGUGUCAAAUCACUAGAUAGAAAAACGAGAUCAUGAACGUGAUUAACGUAAAAAAAAUAAUGUUAGUGUAAAUAAUGGAUAUGAAAUGAACUAUUAUGUGAUGAGUGAAUGUACAAUUAUUUUGAUUGAAUGUAUGAAUAUAAAAGAAUAAUUAUUUUAAAUUAGUAUAUUUAUGUUCUGUUGUUAAGUAAUAUUUAUUAUUUUUUGUAACGUACUCUAAAUUAAAAUAAAAAUGUAUAUAUUUAUCUGUGUUUUUUUAUUUUACAUUUUUAACAGUAAAUCCUUGGUAAAUAAUGGUCAUAAUUAGACCGAUCAGUGUG